GCCGUGCAGGUCAGCGGACGUGGUGUUUGAGGAUGGUUUUGCGAUUUCGUUCGAGUGUGCGCCCAUAUGAGUGAACCACACACCUACACUUCAAUUCACACACAUCCAGCACAUUCUGUGAUCACCAUUGUCACUCCGAAUCCCAGACGUGUGAACAACAUAAACGACUGAAACUUUCUCCAUAAUCUCUGUUUACAAUCAGCUUUCUGAGCAACAUGAAGUGUUUGGUGAUACUUAUGUUUUGUCAUGCUAUAUCUGCAGAGACACACUUCCUGAAGAUUUACUUCACUGGAUCUUCUGGGUUCAGAAAUGUUCCUGUAUUUGAAAUUGGUUUAAAAUUGAAUGACGUCGAAGGAGCUUUCUGUAACAACAAAAUAGUUGAUUUAAAAAUGGACUGGUUGAAGAAAAUAUUUAGUGAUGAUUCAAAACUAUUUGAGUUUAUAGAAAGUACUUGCUUUAUCACCAAUCCUGCCUUCUGCAGACAUAUGAUUGCUGAGCUUAUGGAGAAAUUCAAUCAAAGUGAAGGUAUCCAUACUUUCCAGAGGAUUGGUGGCUGUGAAUUGAACAUGGAAACUAAAGAGUUUACUGGCUUUUUGAAGUAUGGAUAUGAUGGAGAAGACUUUCUUGAAUUUGAUUUAAAUGGACUGAAAUGGAUUGCACUGAGAAAAGAGGCUCUUUUUCUCAAACAGCUUUGGGAAAUGGAUACACAAGAUCUCAUUUUUAACAGAGAUAUGCUGACAAAUCUAUGCUAUAAAGGUCUUAAUUACUCCUUGGUUGAUGGCUAUUUGUUUAGAAAAGAUUACCCCUCAGUUUCUCUCCUUCAGAAAACUCCCUCCUCUCCAGUCAGGUGUCACGCUACUGGUUUCUACCCAAAGAGUUUCCUGAUGUUCUGGAGGAAGGAUGGAGAGGAGAUUCAUGAGGGUGUGGACCCUGGAGAUGUCCUCAACAAUGAGGAUAAUACAUUCCAAUAUCGUGUUGAUCUGGAUAUUUCAUCAAUCCCAUAUAUGAACUGGGCCAGGUAUGACUGUGUGUUUCAGUUUACUGGAGCUGAGGACAAAAUCCUGAUCAAGCUGGAUAAAGAAGUAAUCAAGACCAACCGGGAUCAUUCAUCUGAGAAAAGAAUUAUCAUUAUUGCUGUCAUUUCUGCUGUGAUAUCCAUCAUCAUCAUCAUCAUUGCUUUAGCAUUUAUUGCCUACAAGAAGAGAAAUGUUUCAGAAAGACAACUCAUCCCUGAUGCUGAAAACAUGCCUCUGAGAAACGGACUUGAGAAUCAAGAAUUGCCUUUGGUUAAACGACUGAAACUUUCUGCAGAAUCUCUGUUUACAAUCAGCUUUCUGAGCAAGAUGAAGGGUUUGGUGAUACUUAUUAUGUUUUGUCAUGCUACAUCUGCAGUGAAACACGUACUAAAGAUUUACCUUACUGGAUCCACUGGGCUCACAAGCAUCCCUGCAUUUGAAACAGUCGCUGAAGUCGAUGAUAUCCAGAUAGCUUACUGCAGCAAGAAAAUCAUCGAAGUAAAACAAGACUGGCUUCACAAAAAACUUAAUAAUGACCCUCAACUAUUUGAGUUUGUUAAGUGGGGUUGUUUUGUCUCUAAUCCUGCCUUCUUUAAACGUACAAUUGAUGCCCUUCUGAAGAAAUUGAAGCAAAGAAAAGGUAUCCAUACUUUCCAGGGGAUUGGUGGCUGUGAACUGAACAUGGAAACUAGAGAGGUUACUGGCUUUUUGAAGUAUGGAUAUGAUGGAGAAGACUUUAUUGAAUUGGAUUUAACAGGCUUGAAAUGGAUUCCUCUGAGACAAAAGGCUGUUUUCCUUCAGCAGAGUUGGGAUUAUUUUAUUGAAUAUAUUCAUUAUCACAUUUAUCUCCUCACAAGUAAAUGCCAUGAGAUUCUCAGUGACACAUUGGAUGCUGGACAUGGCACUCUGCUAAGAACAGAUUACCCCUCAGUUUCUCUCCUUCAGAAAACUCCCUCCUCUCCAGUCAGGUGUCACGCUACUGGUUUCUACCCAAAGAGAUUCCUGAUGUUCUGGAGGAAGGAUGGAGAGGAGAUUCAUGAGGGUGUGGACCCUGGAGAUAUCCUCAACAAUGAGGAUAAUACAUUCCAGUAUCGUGUUGAUCUGGAUAUUUCAUCAAUCCCACCUGAGGACUGGGCCAGGUAUGACUGUGUGUUUCAGUUUACUGGAGCUGAGGACAAAAUCCUGAUCAAGCUGGAUAAAGAAGUAAUCAAGACCAACCGGAGUGAAGAUGAAUCCUCUCAGAGAAAAAUCAUCAUCAUUGCUGUCAUUUCUGCAAUGAUUUCCAUCAUAAUCACUGCUUUAGCAUUUACUGCUUUCAAGAAGAGGAAUGAUAGACCAGUCACCCCUGAGUCUGAAACCAUACCACUGAGAAACUGACUUCAAAAUCCGGAUCAAGAAAUGUAGCACCCUGCUCUGAAUUCACAAUCACAAGUCCAUUUAACAUAUAUACUGUAUGUAUAUUAGAUAUAAUCUCUCUCUCUCA